GUCCAUGUUUUGCUCUGGAUCGUCCCACCCUUCCACGGGAAAGGCAAUGGCUGCAGCGGAGUUAGCUGAGGGGCAACUUUAUUGUUGACGUCCAGUCUUCUGGAGGUUCCGCAGUGUUCCAAGAGCUAUUGAAAAGCAGCAUUAAUGGUCCAGAGAGCUCCUCAACCUCCUCAGCCUGCUUUUUUAAAACUCUUGAAUGGAAGAUAUCUGGAACUGCUGAUUUUAAAAAUGUCUGACGGGCCAGUGACCUUCGAGGAGGUGGCUCUGUAUUUCACCGAGUCAGAGUGGGCUCUGCUGGACCCCGCUCAGAGAGCCCUCUACAGAGAUGUCAUGCAGGAGAACUAUGAGAAUGUGACCUUGCUAGGGAUGCACAUUUUGGGGUCGAGGAAGAGGAGGAGGUUGAAGAUAGCGCACAGCAAGCAAGCGGAGAAACCAUUUUCCCCGAGAGCCAGGAACUGUUUCUCACCCUGGACCUGGAGCCAGUACCCCCCGAACCCACCCAAGGCGGGCUCCCGGACCUGCCAGGCAGAGAAGGAACCUCUGCUGCAAAUGUUUCAACGCUGCCCCUAUCAUCUCCGUCCCAGAGGCUAGCGAAGAUUAGAAGGUGAAAAAAACGCACUCGCGAUGAAAUGUUCUCUGAGCUCAUGCAGUCCUCCCACUCUGAAAGAUCCCAGCAGAAUGCGUGGAGGCAAGCAAUGUCAGAGUCUAGGAAAGCACAAUAUGAACGCGAGGAUAGGUGGCGGGUUGAAGGUGAUAGGGGGUGUCAGCUUGCUGACAGAAGGCAGGAGGCAAUGCUGAGGCUACUGGAGGAUCAAACUGAUAUGCUCCGGUAUAUGGUUGAGCUGCAGGAAAGGCAGGAGCACAGACCGCCGCUGCAGCCCCUGUGUAACCAACCGCCCUCCUCCCCAAGUUCCAUAGCCUCCUCACCCAGACGCCCGAGAACGUGGUGGGGGCGCCUCUGGGCACCCAAGCACUCCACCCCAGAGGACUGCACAAGCAACAGAAAGCUGGCAUUCAAUAAGUUUUAAAGUGCAGUGUGGCCUUGUCCUUCCCUCCUCCCCAACCCCACCCGGGCUACCUUGGCAGUUAUACCCGCUAUUUGUGUGAUGAAUUAAUAAACAAUGCAUGAAU